CUGCUCCAGCACAAAAGCAGCUCCGUUGCCUCCCUGAGCAGAGAGUGAGGGCAGGAGCGGCAGAGCUGAGACCCUCAGAGCCCCCCAGAGCCGCCGCCGCCUCUCCCUGCAAGGUGCCCCCCUGCCUGCCCUCUGCCUGCCCUCCUGCUGCUGCUGAAGGUGCCUCCUCUGCCCCACCUGGGGGUGAUGAAAGUGCUUCUCCUGCCCCUGCUGGGGGUGCUGAAGGUGUCUGUGCUCCCCUGACUGUGUCCCCCCCUGCUGGAGGGCUGCCCCUGUCCCCUGCCCGGGUACUGAAGGAGCCCCCCCUGCCUGCCCCCCAGCUACUGACGGUUACAUGGAGGCAGCAGACUGGGGCCCUUUGUGAGCUGGUAUGGAGCUCCCCCCUGCCCCUCUCUGUAUAUUGGAUGUGCCCGAGGGAGAGCCCCCCUGCUGUGCCGCUGCCCCAGACCCCAACUGGACCCGCUCUGUGCCCCCCUGUGCCCCCCAGUGACCCGCCGGCACCAUGUCCUUGGCUUUCUGUGGCAAUGAGAACGACUCCCAGGCUUACAAUGUGGACAAGGGGGUCCUGAACAACGGCUGCUUUGUGGAUGCCCUGAAUGUGGUCCCCCACGUAUUCCUGCUCUUCAUCACCUUCCCCAUACUCUUCAUCGGAUGGGGGAGCCAGAGCUCCAAGGUGCACAUCCAUCACAGCACCUGGCUGCACUUCCCGGGGCACAACCUGCGCUGGAUCCUCACCUUCAUCCUCCUCUUCGUCCUUGUGUGUGAAAUCGCCGAAGGCAUCGUGUCUGAUGGAUUUUCCAAGUCGCGUCACUUGCACCUCUACAUGCCGGCGGUCAUGGCAUUCCUGGCGGCCGUCACUUCCAUUGUCUACUACCACAACAUCGAGACGUCCAACUUUCCCAAGUUAUUAAUAGCCCUGCUAGUAUAUUGGACCUUGGCCUUCAUCACCAAAACCAUCAAGUUCGUCAAGUUCUGUGAUAACGGCGUUGGGUUCCUGCAGCUCCGCUUCUGCCUGACGGGGCUCCUCGCCAUAUUCUACGGGAUGUUAUUGGCUGUGGAGAUAAACGUCAUCCGGGUAAGGAGAUAUGUCUUCUAUAAAUGCCCCAAAGAGGUGAAGCCCCCGGAGGACCUGCAGGAUUUGGGGGUUCGGUUCCUCCAGCCGUUCGUUAAUCUCCUCUCCAAGGGAACCUAUUGGUGGAUGAACACGUUCAUUAAAACUGCCCACAAGAAGCCCAUCGACCUGAAAGCAAUUGGGAAACUGCCCAUCGCCAUGAGAGCCGUCACCAACUACCUGCUCCUCAACAAGGCCUUCCACUCCCAGAAGAGCAAGAGCUCCCCGUGCCCGGCGGGGCCCAAGUCCAUCUGGUUUGCCCUGUGCCAGGCGUUCGGGAGACCCCUCAUCCUGAGCAGCAUCUUCCGCAUCAUGGCCGACAUGUUGGGGUUCGCGGGGCCCCUCUGUAUCUCUGGGAUUGUCCAUCACCUGAGCCAGGAGAACAAGACCUUCCACCCACAGCCGAUUUUCCUCGGCGUUUUCUUCAUUUCCUCCCAAGAGUUUCUGGCCAACGCCUACGUCCUGGCCGUGCUGCUCUUCUUCGCUCUCCUCCUGCAGAGAAGCUUCCUGCAGGCCUCGUACUAUGUGGCCAUCGAGACGGGCAUCAACCUGCGCGGGGCCAUUCAGACCAAGAUCUACAACAAGAUCAUGCACCUCUCCACCUCUAACAUGUCUAUGGGGGAGAUGAGUUCGGGGCAGAUCUGUAACUUGGUGGCCAUCGACACAAAUCAGCUCAUGUGGUUCUUCUUCUUGUGCCCCAACCUGUGGGCGAUGCCGGUGCAGAUCAUAGUGGGGGUCAUUCUCCUGUACUACAUACUGGGAAUCAGCGCCUUAAUUGGGGCCGUCGUCAUUAUCGUCCUGGCCCCCAUCCAGUACUUUGUGGCUACCAAGCUCUCGCAGGCCCAGCGCAGCACCUUGGAAUAUUCUAAUGAGCGGCUGAAGAAGACCAAUGAGAUGCUGCGGGGCAUAAAGCUGCUGAAACUCUACUCGUGGGAGCACAUAUUCCAUAGCAGCGUGGAGGAGACCCGCCAGAAGGAGAUGAACAGCCUCAAGGCCUUUGCCCUCUACACGUCCAUAUCCAUUUUUAUGAAUGCGGCCAUACCGAUUGCAGCCGUCCUUAUUACGUUCGUGGUCCAUGUUCACCUGUUGCACCGAGAGCAGUUCUCCCCGGCCGUGGCCUUCGCCUCCCUCUCGCUCUUCCACAUCCUCGUCACCCCCCUAUUCCUGCUCUCCAGCGUGGUCCGAUCCACUGUCAAGGCCCUAGUCAGUGUGCAGAAACUCAGCGAGUUCUUCUCAAGUGAAGAGAUUGGGGAAGAGGUGGAGAAGUGCCCCCCGUCCAACAAAUCUGUCCCCCAGAACAAGUACCAGGCAGUGCCCCUCAAAGUUGUUAACCGUAAGAGGCCCAUCCGGGACGACUGGAACCAUUUCAACUCGCGGCAGCGGGGGGCCCCUAACCCCACGGAAGGAAAUGAGUUUUGUAUAAAGGUUACCAGCGGGUUCUUCACUUGGACCCCAGACGGACCCCCGGCGCUGUCCAGCAUCGAUAUCCGCAUUCCCCAAGGUCAGCUGACAAUGAUUGUGGGGCAGGUAGGCUGUGGCAAGUCGUCGCUGCUCUUGGCCACCCUGGGGGAGAUGCAUAAGAUUUCGGGGGACGUGUCCUGGAACAGCACCGUGCCCGACAGCGAGACUGGCGAGGAUGUCAACCCAGAUAAGGAGACGGCCAUCGACGUGGAGACCAGGAGGAGAGGGGCCGUGGCCUACGCUUCCCAGAAGCCUUGGCUGCUCAACGCCACCGUGGAAGAGAACAUCACGUUCGAGAGUCCGUUCAACAAGCAGAAGUACAAAGCCAUUAUAGAUGCCUGCUCCCUACAGCCGGAUAUUGAUAUUCUGCCCCACGGAGACCAGACACAGAUUGGGGAGCGGGGGAUCAACCUGUCCGGGGGGCAGCGGCAGCGAAUCAGCGUGGCACGAGUCCUGUACCAGCAAACCAGCGUGGUGUUCUUGGACGACCCCUUCUCUGCGCUCGACAUUCACCUUAGUGACCACCUGAUGCACGAGGGGAUCCUGAAAAUGCUCCGCGACAAUAAGAGAACGACCGUCCUAGUGACCCACAAACUGCAGUACCUGCCCCAUGCCGACUGGAUCAUCGCAAUGAAGGACGGGACAAUUCAGAGGGAGGGGACCCUCAAGGACAUCCAGAAAUCAGACCCCGAACUCUACGAACACUGGAAAACCCUCAUGAACCGGCAGGACCAGGAAUUGGAGAAAGAGAUCAUUUUAGACCGGAAAGCCGGGGGGGAGCGGAUGAAUUUAACGAGAACCAUUUACCCCCGAGACGCCCUUCUGGGGGAUGAUGAAGAGGAUGAAGAGGAGAUAUCGGAGAGUGAGGAAGAUGAUGACAACCUCUCGUCCGUCCUGCACCAAAGAGCAAAGAUGCCCUGGCGGGCCUGUGGCAAGUACCUGAGCUCGGCCGGCAUCCUGCUGCUCCCCCUACUGGUGCUCUCCCAGCUGCUCAAACAUUCUGUCAUGGUGGCCAUUGACUUCUGGCUGGCAAAGUGGACAUCGGCCGCCAUCACCAACCUGUCGGUGGCCAACUGCUCGGGGAGGCCGACCUGCCGCUUUGAUCACUCGCCGUACUCGAUGGCGUUCAGCAUCCUCUCCUGCGUGGGGAUCAUUAUGUGUCUGGCGACCUCCAUUGCUGUGGAAUGGACCGGCCUCCGGGUGGCCAAGAAACUGCACAGCAGCCUCCUCAAUGCCAUCAUCUUAGCCCCGAUGAGGUUCUUUGAGACGACCCCCCUGGGCAGCAUCCUGAACCGCUUCUCUGCCGACUUCAAUACAAUAGACCAGCACAUCCCGGCCACCCUGGAAUGUCUGAGCCGCUCCACGUUGCUAUGCGUCUCCGCUCUCGCCGUCAUCUCCUACGUGACCCCCGUCUUCCUCAUCUCCCUGGUGCCCCUCGCCAUCAUCUGUUACUUCAUCCAGAAAUACUUCCGCGUGGCGUCCAGAGACCUGCAGCAGCUGGAGGACAGCACGCAGCUCCCCCUUCUCUCCCAUUUUGCAGAAACGGUUGAAGGACUGACGACCAUCCGAGCUUUCAGGUACGAGCCACGCUUCCGGCAGAAGCUUCUGGAACACACGGAUUCCAACAACAUCGCCUCCCUGUUCCUCACCGCUGCCAACCGCUGGUUAGAAGUGAGAAUGGAGUAUAUCGGGGCCUGCGUUGUGCUAAUCGCCGCCGUCGCCUCCAUCACCAACUCGCUGCACUACAACCUGUCGUCCGGCCUCGUGGGACUGGGUCUCACCUACGCACUCAUGGUGUCCAACUACCUGAACUGGAUGGUGCGGAACUUGUCCGACAUGGAGAUCCAACUCGGGGCAGUGAAGCGAAUCAAUGGGCUCCUCAAAACGGAACCAGAGAACUACAAGGGGCUUCUGUCCCCCACGCAGAUCCCCCCCAACUGGCCAGAGAAUGGGGAAAUCCAGAUCCAGAACCUGAGUGUUCGCUAUGACUCCUCCCUCAAGCCGGUUCUGAAGCAUGUCAAUGCCCACAUCACUCCGGGCCAGAAGAUUGGGAUCUGUGGUCGGACUGGGAGUGGCAAGUCCUCCUUCUCAUUGGCCUUCUUCCGAAUGGUGGAUACGUUCCAGGGCAGGAUCAUCAUUGAUGGGAUAGACAUUGCCAAGCUGCCUCUGCAGACCCUGAGAUCUCGACUGUCAAUCAUCCUGCAGGACCCCAUAUUGUUCAGUGGCACGAUCCGGUUUAACCUGGACCCAGAGAACAAGUGCACGGACGCGAUGCUGUGGGAGGCGCUAGAGAUCGCGCAACUCAAACACGUAGUGAAGGUUCUGCCGGGGGGGCUGGACGCGCUGGUGACGGAGGGGGGAGAGAACUUCAGCGUGGGGCAGAGGCAGCUCUUCUGUUUGGCCCGAGCCUUCGUGCGCAAGAGUAGCAUCCUCAUCAUGGACGAGGCCACGGCUUCCAUAGACAUGGCAACGGAGAACAUCCUACAGAAGGUGGUGAUGACGGCGUUUGAUGAUCGCACGGUGGUGACCAUCGCACAUCGGGUUCACACCAUCCUGAACGCAGACCUGGUGAUUGUAAUGAAGCGGGGGGCCAUCAUGGAGUACGACAAGCCGGAGGCGCUGCUGGAGGGGGGGGGCAGCAUGUUCGCUUCCUACGUACAGGCCGACAAAUAAGUGCAAUUCCGCCACUUUUAUACGCGUGUAAAUAACCUGUAAAUACAAAUAGUAUUGAUUAUUUCA